UAAAGUUUACAUGUGUGUCGUUGAGUUAGACACAGUAGAUCUACACAUAAGCAUUGUUGUAAUACACACAAAAAAUGGAUAAUAGUAAGAUAAUCAUCCGUGAAGCCAACAAAGAAGACUGUGAUCAAAUUGUUAAAUUGAUACAGGAGCUAGCCGAUUUCGAGAAAAUGCCAAAUGGACCUAAAAUAGAUGCAAAAACAUUGCGUAGGGACGGUUUCGGUGAGGAAAAGAUGUUUAGAUGCCUUGUUGCAGCCGAUGGUGACAAUCUUGUUGCAUACGCUCUCUAUUUCUUCAAUUAUUCAACUUGGGAAGGUGUGAAUGUAUAUCUAGAAGAUUUGUACGUCACUCCAACAUACAGACAUAGAGGUAUAGGGACGACAUUGUGGCGUAAGGUAGCACAAGUCGCCGUGGACCGGAAAUGUAACAGGCUGGACUGGGUGUGUUUAGGUUGGAAUAAACAAUCGAUUGACUUUUACAAGUCUAAAGGAUCUAUUAACCUCACUUCUCAAGAAGACUGGAAUUUGUUUAGACUAAGUGGUGAUAAUCUAAGAGCGUUUGUAAAUAAUACAGACAAAAAGUAAAAUGCUGUCCAAUUAAACUUACACUAUCAUAUAUAUAAUUUAGCAAUAGAGUAUAGCAAUUAAAUACAUUCUUAUGCCCUUAUAUAUCAGAAUAAAUGUUAUUAUUUGUAUUGUACCUCAAUAUUUUAAGCAUAUUGCAAGGUGUCAUUAAAAAUGCAUUGUUUAUAAUUAGUAUACAACAAUUUUUGGUAGUUAGUUUAAUUUUACAAAGAACACAUAAAUAAUAUGAAAACUGAAAGAAAAAAGCUUCUAAAGUUUCAGUUGUUUAUUUGGUUUGGUUUUACGCACACCAACGUAAUAUAGGUCAUAUGGCGCCAAAACAGGAAAGAUGACUUUGGCUAACCUCUGAUGUUACGAACUUCAAAUAGCAGGGGACAAAAUUACCUCACCUGCGCUGCAGUUGGAGCUAAGAGAUACACAGACUGCAGUUAUUUUAACCAAUU